GUUGACUCCCCAAGCCAGAGAGCGAGAGAUCAUGGAGGGGGAGGAAGGUGUGACAGGGGACCCUCCCGAGCCGGGAAACCCCCUCCUCCAGGCCGUGUUCCUCUGCCGCCUGCGCCUUACACGUCUCCUUUUGGAGGGUGGAGCCUACAUCAAUGAGAGCGACGGGCGUGGCCAGACGGCCCUGAUGGUGGCCUGUAAGACGCGGCACGCCGACCGGCAGAGCGCCAGCCGCACCCGCAUGGUCCAGUACCUGCUGGAGAGCGGAGCCGACCCCAACAUCCAGGACAAGGCGGGCCGCUCAGCCCUGAUGCAUGCCUGCCUGGAGAAGGCUGGGGCCGGGGUGGUGUCCCUGCUCCUGGCCAGUGGAGCAGACCCGGGCCUGGAGGACCAUUCUGGGAGCUCAGCGCUGGUCCACUCGGUCAUGGCCGGCGACAAGGAGGCUCUGAAGGUGCUGCUGGACACCUGCAAGGCCCGAGGGAAGGAAGUGAUCAUCAUUACCACCAACACACUCCCCUGUGGGACGUCCAGGACCAAACAGUACCUCAAUGUGCCCCCUCUCACCCCCCUCGACCAGGGGGGAGGGCUGCAAAUGACGGCUGCUCCUCCUUGCGCCUCACCCUCUGAGAUCCAGCUCCUCACCUCCCCUCAGUGCACCUCCUCCUCCUCUCAUCCUCCUCACCAAGUCUUUAACUUUAAGGAAGACCAGUGUUCUGGGUGUGAGACAGUCAGCUCCCAGCCUGACCCCCAGUCACAUGCUCCCGUUCUGGAGCAGAGCAGGGUGGAAAGGCUGAUGCAGCCCCUCCAGAGGCUGAACUCAGAGCCCUGGCUGAGGAUUCCUGCCUCUUUACUGGCCAUGCAACCUGACGCUGCUCCCUUGUCCUCAGAUGACCUCCCAGACAUCAGCCCAGGGGAGGAACUCUCCCUCAUGACCAGCAGGUUGGGCUGGAACAACUACGACAACAGCGCCCCUAUCUGGUACAACUGCAGUACUGACCUGGAUAACAACACUUCUAAUGUUAUUAGCUUUAGCAAGUCUGAGGGGAGGUUGAAUGAGGAAGAGGUAGGGGAAAGGGAUCAGAGGGAGGAGGAAGAGGGGCUGUUGGUGCGUAAGUUGUCCUUUGCCGGCCUCUCUUCGCCACACUCUGCCUCCAACCCAAACCUCCACUCAUACAGCAUCGGCACAGGCCAAGGUCCCCCUUUCCCAACUUUCUCCACUGGUACCAGACUCCGCGGCUGCCCCCUCCCCCUUCCUAUGUCCAGCCUGCGCAGCAUCAUACAGAGACGCCACCUGGGUGCCGACCACUACAACUCUGACCCCCAGCUGGCUGUGCCUACCGGGGGCUUCCCCGAGGAGGGCCGAACCCCGCUGGAUAGCAGGAGACAGGCCACUUCCCGCUCCUCCACCCUUCUGACCUCCAGGGAAUCACUGGUGGCCCCAAACCUGACCAAGAGAGCCCUCUCUGGGCUGGAGCGUCAGGGCUCAGGGGCCCUCCUCCUGGGCCACAUCUCCCAGGCCCGCCCAGGGUGCCUGCCGCCCCUGAACUCUCACCACCACACCCCCAUCCCUCACAUCGUUGGAGUCGCCAACCCCAGCCCCUGUGUCCUGGGCAGCAGUCCCAGCAGUAGAGCUGUCUACCGGGAGGUAGCAGGCCUGAGGCCCCUCCUCCCCUCAGCUCCCUCCGGCCUCCCCAGAGACCUGAGGACCAGGAGGAUGCUGCUGAGGAGACACUCCAUACAGACAGAGCAGAUCAAGUAGCUGGGAGACUUUGAUGGGAUGUUUGGCCACUGAGAUCCAGCAGUGUCUGAUAAACCAGUUUCUCGAUAUUGAUCCUGGGGACACAUGAGUGGAGCCUAUAUCUGCUAACUUAAAGGCGUUGAAAAACACCUACAGUGCAUUCGGAAAAUAUUCAGAUCCUUUUAUAUUUUUCACAUUUUGUUACGUACAGCCUUAUUCUAAAAUUAUUAAAUUACAUUUGUCUCCCAU